AUUUGAUACAAGGCUGAGCCUGACCUGACGCUGAUUGGCGGACUUGAUCUCGCCUGAGGGCCAACGACUUGAACAUGAGGACAACGCAACCUCGGUUGGAUGCCGCCGGCUCGAGCUGGGAAUUCAGCAGGACAUACUGUAAAAUACAACAUACACUGCUCACAUCUACAGUUAUGAACAGUGUUUGUCUUUGCUCGUCUACCGCAUCUUCUAGACGGAAUCUACUUGCGCAACUAUCGUCCUGGCGUUAAGGCGGACGGGAGGACUAUUCCAGAAAGCAAAUCCCACCUUACAAUUGCGUCCUCCGCGACCAACAUCCUUUCCACGGAAGCCGACGACUAGUUUGUUCGGGAGACUCGGGUACUGUCUAUUCACUACUAGCAGUAGAUAUCCUGCCUCAAGUGUCAACAUGGACGAUUCACUCAAAAGUAUCAUCGAACUCAUCCGGUCCAAGGCGAAGACCUCUCACCCCUGGAAACGACGAGAGCGAUAUGAUCAACCCUACUAUUCCUUCUCUCCAGAAACAGCUUCGUGGAAGGAGACUUUUCCGGAUCAAGCCGCGUCCUCUGGAUCAGUGCCCUCUUCAAAGUUUACCGUGCUCUCUUGGAAUAUUGAUUUCAUGCUCCCUUUCCCAGAUGAGAGGAUGCGCGCCGCCCUCAAGGAACUAGAGUCGCAGGUCAAGUCUGGCUCCGGCCCAUGUAUAGUCAUGCUACAAGAAAUGCUGGAAUCCGAUCUGGCCUUGAUCCAAACCCAGCAGUGGGUUCGUGACAACUACUAUUUGACCGACAUAGAUUCCAAAUAUUGGGAAUCCGGCCACUACGGCACUUGCACCCUCAUUCCGAAGAACAUCUGGCCCAUCGCCGCCGUGUUCCGGGUCCACUACGAACAGACCGUCAUGGAACGCGAUGGUCUUUUUGUCGAUUUGGAUUUUGGUGGUAACCGGGUCGUCCGGAUUUGCAACACCCAUCUUGAAUCAUUGAUCGCCGAUCCUCCAAAACGGCCACAUCAGCUCGCCACAGCUGCCAAGUUCAUGCAUGACCCGACGGUGGCCGGGAGUGUCCUGGGAGGAGACCUCAACGCCAUCCAGGACUUUGACAGGACUUUGCACUCUGACAACAAUCUCCAAGAUGCCUAUCUGACUCUCGGUGGAAAGGAGGACAGCGACGAUGGAUAUACCUGGGGCCAAAUGGCGGCAGUGGCGGAAAGGAACAAAUUUGGCUGCUCCCGUAUGGACAAGUUGUACUUCUGUGGCCAAUUGAGGUGUGAGAAGUUCGAGAGAUUUGGCCUCGGUGUCGAAGUCGAAGAGGACAAUGUCAAGAAGGCCUUGGUCGAAAAAAGAGGUCUCGAGAAGGGAUACGUGACGGAUCAUGUUGGUGUUAAAGCAGUAUUCAGUCUCCCUGGCGAGGAACGACGCCAAGGGGACAAGGCCAUGUCUGCAAAGUUCUAGGUCGGUCUCCAACAGCAGGGUUCAGUCAUUCAUGCGGUACUAGUAAUGCCAGAAGCCAGAUUGGACCUCUCAAUCACUCCGUCCAUAAUACUUCUUCCACUGACUAUGCCAGUUGUGCAUAUGACAAUCUUUCUUCUUUGUCCAGAUUCUGCCAUCUUGCGCCCGAUAAACCUCAAAGCGGCAACUUCCGCGAACGUGAUGCCGCCUAGAAACAUCACGAAGAUCGUCUUCCAACCACCUGUACCAGCAAGAGCGGCUUUGGCUUUGGCAGCCUUCUCAUCUAUAGGCUUCUGCGCGAGGGUGAAUGUUGGGCCCUUUGCCGACUUUAAAAUAUCCUCGAAGCCCGUCCAGCCUAUACUGGACGGUGUCAACGGUAAGGGGGAUUUGUGCAGGGAUUGGAGGUAUUGUUUCUGGAGCACACAUUGCACAAUUCUGACGCUCAGAGGUGCAUAGCCCGAGUAGACAUAUGCAAUAUCCUCGGGAUCCUGUUCGUUAUACUCGUCAAUAAUCAGUCGAAGCUCUUUGCGCAAAUAUGCGUAGUUCGUCUUCGUCCCCUUUUCAGAUUGACCGCCCCCUCCCCCUACAGGAAGGAGCAAGGCCGACGCAGAAGAGCGAGGCUGAAGAAGUUCCAUCGUCUCCAAGGCAUCCAGGGUGAGAA